GGCGCAUGCAUGAUGCAUGCAGGGCAGAUACGGAUACCGGAUGGAGUUUUAUUACCGUACGUGUAACAUAAGCAUGUCUGAAGUGUACUGAAGUGUAAGACACUCUAUUCCAAACAACUCAAAAUGAGUUCCUGUUAAGAAUCAAAAUACUUUCAGUAUUCAACCAAGGGGCUUCAAGAUGGUAUCUGCCUGUCUUUGAAGGCAACAUGAAUAUCACAUCAGCACAAUGACAAUUCCAGUGUCAUUUAAGAGUGUUCUUCACUAGUUCUUGUUUGGCCAUGGUUUAGGCUGGUCCAAAAAAAAAAGUGUGAACAUUUUUGCAGUCUUCCAAGAUGGCAAACAGCAGUGACCCAUCUAAAAUUCACCACAGUCACAAGGAUCAGACAGCUGGAGUGAAGAAACUUGGAAAGGGCCAACUGGCCAGAAACCUGCACGAGAAAUUCACAGCGCAAAAUGAGGAGAGAGAGUGGGUGGACGCUCUCCUGGACUGCAGUCCACAAGAUGAGACGUUGGAUGCCAUAGUCAACUGUUACAGCUGGGAUGAAGUGUCCACGGGAUGGAGACCAGCAGUUCCAAACCCCACAUAUGUCAGUCGUGUUGCAGAAAAGAAGGACAGCGAAAAAGAGAAAGAAAAAGACAGUGCAAAGAAUAGGAACACUCAAAAGUUGAUUGCAUUCCAGAGUGAUCUAUCGUGGAAACAGUGUAUAGAACCAGGAACUUACCGAUAUGUGUACCGAUCAGCCUAUGCUGGUGUGCCGAGGAAGAAAACCUUCAAUAAGGGCCCAGUGAAAAGGCCCAUGGACGCCAACCUCAAGGAGCACAUACGAAAGGUCAAAGAGCACCUGGAAAAGGUUCUUGUUCAGCAGGCUUCGCCCAGGUCUCAACAAAGGCCACUGGGAGCUGUUCACAACCACGGGGACUAUGUCACAUCCUUAAUAAGAGAGGCUAAACCCAACAGAACUCAACCGCUCCCUGAUGUCACCUACUCACCCAAACCCAAUCAUCCAAAUGAGGAUCAAACCCAGACAAAAGUGCCCAAUGUCGGAAUAACCUACACCGUCAAGCGGGGCAGUCCCAUCCAGAAGUCCCAAAAGUCAAGCCCCUUGCCACAUCCCCCGCCUGCACAUACUGAGAACAAAAUGCCACACGAUCUUGUUGCCGCACUGGGCUCCAAGUUGAAUGAUCUCAUCCAGCAGGACAGCUUCAAAACCAGACUAAAAACCACGAGACACUCCAAGCCCAAAGCCCAGGAGAAACUGAGGUCUAGCUAUGAGAAGUUUACAGUUCCCGUUCAAGUGGAGUCUCCCAACUUGAAGCCGCUGGUCAAAGUCACUGCUGGCCAACGACAAAUCCGUGAUGAUAAUGAAAUCAUUGGAGCCGUAGCGAAAAUGAACAAACAGGCCACUUCAGAAGCUGAUGAAAACCGUCCAACUCACCACCUGUCCCAAACUCUAAAUAGAGAAAAUUUGAGAAUACCUGAACAAGAAGUGAAGGAGGCUUCCCAAGACCACAGCUUUGUGAAACUGGACCCUACGAACAAGAACUUCUUCACCUCUGGGAUCGCGGGCAAAGCCGUGAGCCCAAUGGAAGUUCAAGUGCAGAUGCAGAGCCUCGCGGGGAUUUCAACUAUGCUGGGCAAGAAUCCUGUGGAGGUCAAGAAGAGAGGGACACUGUAUCCCCAGAAGCAGGGAUCAAGUGUCCCCAGUGGGAGGGGCGAUGCAGGCUUUGCCCUCUCCAAUCACCUAGGCAACCCACUGCACCGGGGUGUGGUGGAUCGUGGAGUGGCAGGGGCUAUUGCCUCAGAGCUCCUACCUGGUAUCAACGGACACAAAAUCCGUUUCCCAGUGCAACAAAUGUACCGCAUCAUCUGAAACCAUUCAUUCUUUGUUUUAGAAAUGUAUUCCCGUCAUUUUGCCCCUUAGCCCCAAGAUGUGCAGAUGAUACAAAAUGAUCGAGUUUGGUUUGUUUGAAAUAUUUGAGAACAUCAAAACAAGUGCACGAGGUUGGUCAUCAGGGAAGGUUUGUGCCAAUUCACAUUCACUAAGCAUAUUCACUUGCGUUAUGUCAGAUACUUAAUAUCAAAUAACCUUGCCUUUUUCAAAUACUGAACUGGCUCAUUGUGAAAACACUUGGUACAUGGACUAUGUACAUUACCCGACCCUCUACUGAAUCUCAAAUACUUGAAAAUUUUAGCCAUUUCAUCACAUUGUUUAGUAUUUUAGAUUUGGAAUAUUUCUUAAUCUGAAAAGCUGUAUUUUUUAUGUGAAGCUAAAAUUUCCAAAAUUUUCUGGAGGUGAAGCAGAGGUCCUCAAUACAUUGUUAUUCACCAGCCAGGAUUUGAGUUUGCAGAGGCUUUUUGUCAAUAUGUGGUACCUCAUUUACAGUCAUUCAGAGUACUCAAAUUUUUGGACUGUAAAUGUGCAAUAUCACAUUUGUAGUUGGCAAGUUUUGUACAAAAUUGCUUUCGUGUAAAAUUAUAUGGACACUGUUUUAAACCAUAUUUCUGAAACUCCUGCAAAAUUCCAAACGCACCACCGGAGAUCACACCUAGGCAUUUUGUGCCCCAGGUAUGAGCAGCAUUAAGUUAUGGCCAAUGGGAUUUAGGGGCAUAAAUACAAACAGAAAACAUUUUUAGUUAAACGGAUCACAUUCUGGAACAAGUUGUAUAGGGGCCUGCAUUGACAUACAUGUACGUGUAUUUAUGUUAAUAGCAGGGUUUUUUAAUGGCUACCAUUCACUGACAACAGAGUAACCUGAACUGUUUGUGGAAUGUGAACCCUCUUUCAGUCAUAAGAGUUACAAUCACAAUUCCAUUCACUUUCCCUUGCUACACUUUAUGCAUAGGCUAGUCAGCAGCAGUCAGAUUAUAAAUCUGGUUGGUACUGUUACCACUCAAAUUCCUUCAACAGAAAAAAACAGACAACUAGUACACGUACAACUAUUAGCAGUAGACCCUGGUAGACUGGUAAAUGCUGCUAGCAAAAAGUGGCAUGUUAGUCGUCCACAGUCAAAGCGCAGCUAUACCAAGUUAUAUUAUUAGUCGUAGCCAGUUAUUUCUGCUUUAUAUUGGGAGGAGUCUUUAAACUGUUAAAAACAGUCACUUAACUGAUUUGACUAACAUUUUGAAUCGACAUCUUCAGACUUCAGUUGACUAGAUUUUGUCCAGAAUAGAUGUUUGCAUAAAAAGAUUUGGCCAUAGAAAUUCAACCCUUUAAUCCGAAAAAAAAUACAAAAUGCAGGCAGCUGCUUUGCAGUAGAUUGUUUGCACAGGAGCAGGGGUAUCUACAAGUUUAUUUAUUUUCCGAACUCAGAAUAAACAGGAUUCAUACAUAUAAGUGGAUGAACAUGUAUGUGUACUAUGUAGAGUGAUCGACAGGUACAUGUACAUCAUGAACUUGCACAUGUCCAUGCCAACGCACUGAGUACCAGCUGUCGGCCAGUUGCUAAAGCAACAAGCCUGUGACCGAUGAA